UCAUCGGGCGCCAUUUUUGAUACAUCAAAAACCGAGCUAGCUAGCAACAUAGCAUUAGCUGUUUAGAAGCUGAAACUUUUAAAUACAAACCGUAACUGAAAAUUAAGCCUUCAUCUUAAUUUAAAAUGAAUGUAGUGGAUCAUGUACGAGAUAUGGCUGCCGCUGGUCUCCACUCCAACGUUCGGAUAUUGAGCAGCUUGUUGUUGACGAUGAGUAAUAACAACCCAGAGCUUUUCUCACCUGCCCAAAAGUACCAGCUGUUGGUUUACCAUGCCGAUGCCAUCUUCCAUGAUAAAGAGUAUCGUAAUGCUGCCUGUAAAUACAGUAUGGCACUGCAACAGAAGAAGGUGCUCAGCAAAACAUCCAAAGUUCGCACCUCUGCUGGUGGAGCUGCAGCAAAUCUCCAAGCACAGAGUCUACCUUCAGAGAUUGAAGUAAAGUACAAGAUAGCUGAAUGUUAUACUAUUUUGAAACUGGAUAAAGAUGCUAUUGCAGUGCUUGAUGGUAUUCCCUCUCGACAGAGGACUCCAAAGAUCAACAUGAUGCUUGCCAACCUGUACAGGAAAGCAGGCCAAGAACGCUCUGCAGUGACGAGCUACAAAGAAGUCCUCCGACAGUGCCCUCUCGCCUUAGAUGCAAUCAUUGGCCUUCUGUCUUUAUCAGUCAAAGGAGCUGAAGUAGCGUCCAUGACCAUGGAUGUUAUCCAGAGUGUCCCCAACCUGGACUGGCUCUCUGUUUGGAUAAAGGCGUAUGCUUUUAUACAUGCAGGUGACAAUCAGAGAGCCAUCAACACAAUUUGUUCUCUGGAGAAGAAGUCUCUGUUGCGGGACAAUGUGGACCUCCUGGUGAGCCUGGCAGAUGUCUACUUCAGGGCAGGUGACACCAAGAACGCCAUCCUCAAAUUUGAACAAGCCCAGAUGCUGGACCCUUAUCUCAUCAAAGGAAUGGAUGUGUACGGCUACCUGUGGGCCCGAGAAGGACACCUGGAGGAUGUGGAGGUCCUGGGCGGGCGACUCUUCAAUAUCUCAGACCAGCAUGCAGAACCUUGGGUGAUUUCUGGUUGUCACAGCUUCUACAGUAAACGUUACUCCAGAGCCCUGUACCUGGGAGCCAAGGCCAUUCAGUUGAACAGCAACAGUGUUCAGGCUCUCCUCUUGAAAGGGGCAGCAUUGAGAAACAUGGGCCGAGUCCAGGAAGCUAUCAUCCAUUUUAGAGAGGCCAUGCGCUUGGCUCCUUGUCGGCUUGACUGCUACGAAGGUCUGAUUGACUGUUACCUGGCAUCCAAUGGGAUCAGAGAGGCUAUGGGGAUGGCCAAUAACAUCUACAAGACCCUGGGGGCCAACGCUCAAACUCUCACCAUUCUUGCUACUGUGUGCCUGGAGGACCCACUGACGCAGGAGAAAGCCAAAACCUUACUGGACAAAGCACUGGCUCAGAGGCCCGACUACACGAAGGCUGUGGUCAAAAAGGCUGAACUACUGAGUCGUGAACAGAAACAUGAAGAAGGGAUCGCCCUGCUUCGAAACGCCCUGGCCAAUCAGAGCGACUGUGUGCUGCACAGGAUGCUUGGAGAUUUCCUGGUGGCUGUCAACGACUACCAGGAGGCUAUGGAUCAGUACAGCAUUGCGCUCAGUCUGGACCCCAAUGAUCAGAAGUCCUUAGAAGGCAUGCAGAAGAUGGAGAAGGAGGAGAGUCCCACAGAUGCCACAGUGGAGCUGGACGGCGAUGACAUGGAGGGUAGCGGAGAAGACGGCGACCUAGAGGGCAGUGACAGUGAGGCCGUCCAUUGGGCUGACCAGGAACAGUGGUUUGGUAUGCAGUAGCCAGGAUCUGUGCCACCUUCUGACCCUGUAGACUGAACGAGGCCUUCAAUCACCACAGAAAAGAGCUGUGGACAAAGAACGCGCCUCCUUGUCAUGCUGCUUGAGACUGAUCAAAUUAGGACCAGCUCACCUUCAACUGUAGACUGAUCUCAGCGUUCUCUAUUUUGCUCCACCAAAACUAGAUGUGUUAAGUUUUGUUUUGAAAAAUUCACAUUUAUGAUAAUUAUUCUAUCAUUGGUUUGCUACAUUCAGUUUAUAUUGUUAUUUUGUUGAAACAUCAGCUGAAGUUGUGGUCAGACUGGCUGGCAUCUGCUUUAGAAUAGGGCCAAGACUUUUAGUUUGUAACUGAAUGAGAAAAUAUAACGUGGAAGUAUUUGAAUACAUAAUAUACAAUAUCAAUAACAUCGCAAAGUUGCCAUUACACGUACAGUGGUGUCAAGCAAUGUUUGAUGGUCUUUGUUUUGAUGUUUGUAAAACCUGCUUAUAUCACAGUGUUAUGUUGGAAUGCAUAAUGUAAACAUUACAAAAAUGUUUAUGUAAAUAUUUUCUAAUCUAACUCAAUAAAGUUUGUUGAUGAGGA